CCAUCUGUCCUAAUCACAGAUCAUUGCCUCUCCAAUACAGUACUGUGAGCGCAACAAGACCGCGCAGAAAGUCUAAUUUUAGCUCGAUCCAUUCUAGGAAGCGGACUCAAAAAACCACCCUCAAGUUUCUCAACAGUUGGAAGAAGGCAAGAAAGAUGAUACGAAAAAUUACUUUGGCAGCGUUUAUUCUGACAACAGGUUUUUUGGUGGUUGGUAAAGCUACUAUUCAGCCUUCAAUGGGACCAACGGAAAAUUUGUCAGUGACCACAAGUCAGCCUUCUACAGCACAGGAACCCACUUCUUCUGAAAUUCCAGAUAAUGUAUCAACAACUGCUCUUCCCCACUUGACAAGCAUGCCUCUGACACAGUCUACCAGACCACUCUCUUCAAGCAUUACAUCAAAACCAGAACAUUCCCCUACAGAAAAUACUAUUGCGACUGAAACACAGACUACCACCCCUACAGCAGUUUCCAUGAUCAAUGGAACCUCCGAAAGUAGCCUUGCAGUAGCAACCUCUCCAAAAACAGCUAACAGUUCAGCAGCAAUCUCCUCAUUAACUACUGAGGCAGCUACCACCACAGUAGCAGGGUCAGCACACUCUCCCAGUGUGGGAUCAUCCACAGUUUUACGAUCAACAGUAACACACCCAAAUCCGGUGUUUAACACAUCUUUAGCAACAACGAUGGCAAGCAGACCGCCUUCUACUACUGUGCUUAGUCUGGGGACUGCCCAGGGUGAAAAGCAUGAACAACAUUCCCCAGAGGCUCUCAGUGCAGGGAGUGUAAUAGCAAUUGUGAGUGCAGUUAUCGCUAUUGUAGUUCUGGUGUUUGGGGCAGCCUACUACCUUAAGAUGAGGCGUGCUACAUAUGGCAGGCUUCUGGACGACACUGACUACGGAUCAGUGGGGAAUUUUAACAAUCCUCUCUAUGAGAACUAAUAAUGACGGUCGGCUGUCCAAGAGGCUGCAGCUGCUGCACUUGGUUAACCAAACCAAGGGUGUGGACUGAAAGAACAAUCAAUCCUCAGUUUGGUUUCAUUUUUAAAUGUAAGAUGUAAGGGGUGUAAGAAAAUUAAUACUUUAAACUUUUCUACUGUUUCGCUUUUUAUGUGACACAGAUCAAUUCUGAUGGCAACAUUAUUCCACAAACUGCCUGCUUUUCCUAUGCAUAGCAGAAUAAAUCUUCUGAUUCUGAUUUGUUACAAAGAAGAUUAAAAGUGUGGAAAAAUAUAUUCAUAUUUAUUAAGUUUAUUUUUGUCAGAUUUCAGAAAUAAGUGCCUGUCUGGGUCUAAUCUGUUAAAUUAGGAAUGGAAAAUACUUGUGAAAAUGCAUUUACAUCUCUCAAGUGUUGUGCAAAUACAAUGUAAAAAAUCAAGUAUAUUCACAUUAGAUUUAAUGACACUUGAAAUGUACCAGUGUGAAGAGCUCAAAACUGUUUUUUCUCUGUUUCCAGGCAGCGUUCAGCUUAAGAAAUUCUAUUUUUUUAGGCCUUCUCUGCUCAGUGUACAUAAACAAAAAUGAGUUUGUAGUAUCAACGCAUUGUACCUCUCACAUUUAAAAUGUCUUGCUUUUCCACCGUAUCACAGGUCUAGAAAUAAUGGAGUUUCCAUUAUUCUCCCUUUUUUAAAGAUUGUUGCUAAUCAAAGUUCCCAUUAGGUAAGUAAAUGAGAUGAGCUUCUUCAAGCACAAUGAGAGAAUAAUACAGUGUGUGAACUUCCCCUCUCUGAAGCAAUCCAGUGUCUAUGUUAAUACAAACGUAUAUGAUUGAUAAAUAGGCAACAUCGUUUUAAUAAAAAAAAUAGAGCAAUGAAAGAAAGUAAAGAGUCACCUGUGAACUCCUUUUUUAGGGCAGCUUAUGAAUAUUUCACUGCCAGACAAACAGGACAUGCUGAAAACCAACAUUAUUGAAUCUUUUUAAACCUUGCUGACUCCCCCCUUAGGUCUGUCAAUACCUAGAAGCUGAUCAACACUGUCUUACAUCAGGAUUAGAAAAGAAAAGAUUACAAGUCAUAAUGGAAAAAUGGAUAAUGUGCACUGUGUCAAAAUAUUGUAAUUUGUAUAGUCACAUGUUCUUAAACAUUGAUGUACAUAUGUCUCUCUUGUUUUUUAAAUUGUUAAUGCUGUUUCUGGGAUAUUAUGUGGUAAAGUAUAACUGUGAAUAAAUUAUUACUGCUA